AUGACGAAGACGGCGAGCGCCAAGCGCAAGCGCGCCGAGAGAGAGGCCCUCAAGGCCGCCGAGCAAGCACACAAGCGCGCAAAGACCACUGACAGCAGCACCCCCGACGAUGCGCCCGCUGCCGCCAAUGUUGCCAGAUCGAACCUUCCCAAGGCCGUCCUCGAGAAGAAGCUCUUUGUCGAGAACUCUACCGGCAAAGACCGUGUGCGCGAGGCGAAGCUUUACGACCUUCUCAGCAGCGAGAACGAGACCGACCGUAUCGAGGCUGCGGGGGCCAUUAUCUCGAGUCUGCUGGACGGCGAGGGCGUGCCUGAGGCGGUUCUGGAAAGGCAUCUCGACUGGCGUCUAUUCAGAGGCCUUGCAAGCGGACGCGCUGCUUCGCGCCUUGGCUAUAGUCUCGUCUUGACCGAGAUCCUCAGUCAACUGUUUAGUCCACCGCGGAAUCUCGCCGAGAAGCAGUACCCCGGCCUCACCUUCGAGAAAGUGCUGGGCAUGUUGAUGGAGAGGACACACGUCGGCGGAAACAUACCAGGCCAGGAGGAGCGCGAUCUCUACUUUGGACAGCUAUUCGGUCUGGAGUGUUUUGUUCGUGCGCGCGUGCUGUUCGUCCCUGAAGAGGGCCCCGAGCGGUGGAACGAGAUCCUCAGACUCCUCGUGAGAUUGGGCAACAAGAAGGUCUGGCUGCGGCCGCAGUGCGGCUGGGUUGUCGCACAAGCACUGGCGCAGCUGGACCGCAGCCGCAUCGAGAUGGUGCUGCAGCAGCUCGUUGAGCUGGGCUGGGCCAAGACUCCCGAAGGCGUGGGCAUCUGGCUGAUUGCUCUUAACCAGUGCCCUGAUUUGAGGAGCGACGACAAGUCCAGCCAGCAGCAGCAUCACCCGCUUUCCUCGCGGAAUCUGGGCGAGCUGGCGGCGAUCCUGAAAGAAAGCAGCUCGAAUGAGGAGCAGGCGGAGAAGGAGAAGCAGCAGCAGCAGCGGCAGCACAGGGGAGGGAAGAACAAGCAAGCCAACUGGACACCACAGCUGCAUUUCGUGUGGGAUCUCAUUGUUGCGCAUUUUGCCAGACUGGGAAGCGAACAUGUGGAGGAGUUCAGGACGUUUUGGAAGCGUGUUGUUGAUGACAACUUCUUCGCAAAGGCAGCAACAGAGGGCCAAAAGUUCCGGGGCUUCCUGGUGUUCCAAACGAUGCUCCAAGCCUACAUCAACAACGACGAACUCCUUGAUGUCCUCUUCAGCCGGAACCUAAUGACCUGCCUCAUCAACCAAGCUGCUCAAGAAGACCGUUUCCUACACCGCGCAGCUCUCAAGACAUUGAAGACCAUCGAGGAGGCAUCCGCAUCACACCCCGAGGCCACUGGCAUUAUCCUUGACAACUUGAUCAGCAAUAAUGGGCUGUACAGGUUCGAUGUCAUGACCAAGAGCAAGACGGUCGACAAGAUUCUGCAGCAUGUGCAGCCUGAAAACGGCGAGGAUAUUAUUCAGGUUGUGAGCGGACCUGUCAUGAAGACGACGACCACAGCCAAGGACAUCAAUGCAGUAAAGCUUGAUUUGCGUGUGUACAUCGAGUACAUCUUCCGCCUCACCACUUCGGCCCCAGAAACCGCACUGCAGGAGCUGACAUCUCUCGCAUACGCUAAGCUCGUAUGGAUUCCCGAGAAUGCCAACGCCAUGGUCCAGGAAUUGAGCAGGAACCGUCUUCAGUCUGCAUUCGCAAAGCUGUCACGCAAGGCGGAAGACUCCAACUACUUGUGUACGGCGGUGCAAUCCAUUAACCCCGACUACAUCCGCAUGGAAGGAGAUAUGAAGAAGGAGGUAAACCAGGCGCGCAAGCGGCUGGAGAAGCUUAUGAAGAAGGGUGCUGCCGCUGGAGAGGGUGCUCCGGACGAGGUUAAGAUUGCGCAGGGUUUGGCUUUGCUGCACGCGAUUGCCAUUUUCCAGCUGUACAACGAGGAACCUGAUGCGUUCCAACUCCUCAGCGACCUCAAGGAAUACCAGGCGCGUCUGCAAGAGGAUGAAGAGGGAGCCGCGGAGUUCCUGGUGGAGAUUCUUCUCGCCCUCGUGUCGCAGCAGUCGUCCCUCAUGCGCGAGAUCUCCCAGCGGGUGUUUGGCUACUUUAGCAGCCGUGUCUCGCCAAAGGCCCUGGACCUGCUCCUCGACGUCCUCGCGGCCGACGAGAGCGCCAAGGGACAGCAGUCUCUCUUUGACGUCAACGACGACGAUGACGUAGAGGACAUGGAUGAAGACGAGGAUGAGGAAGACGAUGACGAGGACGAAUUUGGCUCCGACUUUGAAGUUGAUUCGGACGUGGAAUUCGUUUCCCUCAAUACUGGCGAUGCGGAGGACGACGGCGAGGAAGAGGACGAGGAAGAAGAGGGGUCUGGAUCGGAGGAUGAAGGCGAAGGCGAUGAAGAAGCCAAGAACCUGGAAGCCCUCGACGACGCCCUUGGUAAGAUUCUCAACAGCCACCGCCUCGACAAGGACAAGGAGGCUGAGUCGUCCGACGACGACGCUGACAUGAGCGACUCGGACAUGCUCGAGCUCGACAACAAGCUCGCCGAAGUGUUCAAACAGCGGGCCAAGGCUGCACCCAGCAAGAAGAAGGAGCGUAAGGCUGCCAAGGAGUCCGUUGUCAACUUCAAGCGCCGCGUCCUCGACCUACUCGAGAUUUUUGUCAAGAACGAAGCGGGCAACCCGACUACCCUUGCAGUGUUGAGACCUUUGUUGGAGCUGGUUCGCACCACGACGAUUAAGACGCUCGCGGACCGCAGCUUUGAGCUGAUCAAGGACUACCAGAAGCGCCUUCGCAAGGCGAGGUCCGGAGCGAACAAAUCGGCAAAGAUUGAUAAGGAGGAAGCGCUUGAGGUGCUCAAGGGCGUCUAUGAGGAACUGAAGGCCGGCGAGACCAAGGCGCAUGCCAAGGCUGCUUUGCCGGCUUGUCUGAUUGCGGCUUCCACCGUCUUCCACGCCAGCAACGGAAACCGUGCGGCUGUCGAUGCCGUGGUGGGCGACGUCAAGAAGGGUGCUUCCGCGGUACAGCUGGACAUGAAGAAGGCUUGGGAUGAGUGGUGCCGAAACCACGAGGCACUGAAGAAGCAAGGCGCCGGAAAGAAAUAA